UCUGAACUGGGCUGAGCUCUACAUACUCUCUCAGGCAGCACAGGGGUAGAGCCUGCUUUCAAUCAAUAACCUCUGGAAUUCAGAAAUACAAGUAGGUCCUGUCUCUGGCAGGCUCUGCCACACUCUUGUGGACGGCGGACUCCCUAGUGCACUGGUUAGAUCCCUCUGUGGAUUCCUCUGUCUGUCUGCCUUUCUCUCUCUCUACAGUUCUGAGGAGUGUUUGUGUAGUGUAGUGAGUAGCGACGAUGGCUGAUCCCACGUCUUCGGAUUACUUCAGCUGCCCACUGUGUGUGGGGCUGCUGAGGGACCCCGUGGCUAUCCCCUGCGGACACAGUUUCUGCAUGGACUGCAUCAGCGGCUACUGGAAUGAGGCAGACUACACAGGGAUCUACAUCUGCCCCCAGUGUAAGAUCACCUUCACCCAGAGGCCUGUGCUCAGGCCCAACACUAUGCUCACCAAGGUGGCAGAGAAGAUCAAGAAGACUGGUGCCAACCUCAACCUGAACCUCACACCCCCAGGGAACACCUUUGCUGGGCCUGCCGACGUGCCCUGUGACUACUGCUCUGGUAAGAAGCUCAAGGCUGUUAAGUCCUGCCUGAACUGCCUGGCCUCAUACUGUGAGAAGCACCUGAAGCCCCACUAUGAGUCAGCCACAUUCAAAAGGCACAAGCUGGUGGACGAGCUGGGGAACCUGGACAGAAAGAUCUGCCCCCAGCACCAGAAGUCCCUGGAGCUGUUUUGCCGGACUGACCAGAUGUGUAUCUGUGCCAUCUGUACUGUCAGCGAACACAAGGGACAUGACAUCGUCUCAGCCGAGGCAGAGAGGAGUGAGAAACAGAAACUCCUGGGAGUUGCUCAAGCUGAGAUCAGACAGAAAUGUCAGGACAGGGUGAAGGAGCUGGAGGAACUGAGAACAGCAGUGGACUCACUAAAGAGCUCAGCCCGGAGGGCCAUGGCGGAGAGUGAGAAGAUGUUUGAGGAUAUGAUCCGCUCCAUCGAGAGAAUGAGGUCAGAGGUGACAAAGAUGAUUGGCAUCAACGAGAAGGCUGCAUUCAACCAGGCUGAGGGGCUGGUGGAGAGGCUGGAGCAGGAGAUAGAUGAGCUGAAGAAGAAGGAGACGGGACUCAAACAGCUGUACAGCACUGAGGACCACAUCCACUUCCUACAGAACUUCAACUAUCUGUGUACUCCCACGGAUGAUGGCUUUAUCCCCAGAGUGUCGGUGAACCCAGACUUCUCGUUCAGCGCAGCCAGGAAAGCCGUGGCAGAGAUCAAGGAUCGUCUGGAGGAGCUGGGUAGAGAGGAACUUGUGAAGAUCUCCAAGUCAGUGAACGAGGUCCCUGUUUAUACGACAGAAAAGAGAGAGAAAAGCAGCAGAGUCAUAGAAGUCAUGACAGUGGACAGCCCUCCUCCACCAGAGCCCAAGACCAGAUCAGAGUUUCUGAAAUACUUCUGCCAGCUGAGACUGGACCCCAGCACAGCCUACAAGGAGCUACACCUGUCGGAGAGCAGCAGAAAGGUGAUCCGAACCAGGGACCUCCAGCCCUACUCUGACACCCCGGAAAGGUUUGACAGCUUCGCGCAAGUGCUGUGCCGCGAGGCCCUGUCUGGUGGUCGCUUCUACUGGGAGAUCGAGUGGAGCGGGGAGUUCUCCAUGGGGGUGGCCUAUAAGGGAAUCAGCCGCAAGGGGAAAGGAUCACUGUGUCUGCUGGGCUAUAAUGAUAAGUCUUGGAGCCUGCUGUGUUCUGAUACAGGGUACUCAGCCUGGCACAACAGGGCAGAUAAAGCCAUCAAUGCGCCCCAUUCACCGAGGAUAGGGGUCUACCUAGACCACUCGGCAGGGGUCCUGGCCUUCUUCAGUAUAGGCAACCACAUGACUCUCCUGCACAGGUUCGAAACCAUGUUUGUGGAGCCCCUCUAUCCCGGCUUUGGAGUUGGAACCUCGGUCAAGAUCUGUCAACUCAAAUGAACACUAACAUGUGCCUCUUAUUCCUUGGUGAAAAAUAUAAUCACAGUUUUUUAAAGUUUGUUUUGGUUUAUUUUUCACACGGUUCGCUAAGCAUCAUUUGUAAUUUGUUUUGUUUUUCUUUGAGACUGACUGUGCCACAUUGCUCUAUCCAAGAGUUCUAUUUUAGGAAUUUUCUAAACAUUUGAAUGAGCAGAGGUCCUAAUAAUUACAUUGUAUUUAAACAUAUAACCUUUAUCUGACCAAGUAUUCUUUAUCUAAUGGUAUUUUGGAAAAACUAGUAUCUACAUGGCCAACUAAAUGUGUUUGUUAACUAAACUAACUGUUUGUUAGCUUUUUAUGACAAGAAUAACUAUUUUCAAUAAAGAUGAAAUAUGACUACUCAUAUAUAUACACACAUAUUCGUCAAAUGUAUGCACUGCUAGAGCUGCCCCGGUCAACGCUAAGUGCUGCUAUUGUGAAGUGGAAACAUCUAGAAGCAACAAGGGCUCAGCCGCAAAGUGGUAGGCCACACAAGCUCACAGAAUGGGACCGAGUGCUGAAGCGCGUAGUGCGUAAAAAUCGUCUCUCCUCAGUUGCAACACUCAAUUACUGAAGUUCCAAACUGCCUCUGGAAGCAAAGUCAGCACAAUAACUGUUUGUCGGGAGCUUCGUGGUUGUCGGGAGCUUCGUGGUUUUCAUGGCCAAGCAGCUUAAAAUCAUGAUGCGCAAUGCCAAGCAUCAGCUGGAGUGGUGUAAAGCUCGCCGCCAUUGGACUUUGGAGCAGUGGAAACGCGUUCUCUGGAGUGAUGAAUCACGCUUCACAAUCUGGCAGUCCAACAGACGAAUUUGGGUUUGGCGGAUGCCAGGAGAACGGUACCUGCCCCAAGUCAUAGUGCCAGCUGUAAAGUUUGGUGGAGGAGGAAUAAUGGUGUGGGGCUGUUUUUCAUGGUUGGGGCUAGGCCCUUUAGUUCCAGUGAAGGGAAAUCUUAACGCUACAGCAAACAAUGACAUUCUAGAUGAUUCUCUGCUUCCAACUUUGCAGCAACAGUUUGGAGAAGGCCCUUUCCUGUUUCAGGAUGACAAUGCACAGUGCACAAAGCGAGGUCCAUACAGAAAUGGUUUGUCGAGAUCGGUGUGGAAGAACUUCACUGGCCUGCACAGAGCUGACCAAUAGUAUGUGGACACCUGCUCGUCGAACAUCUCAUUCCAAAAUCAUGGGUAUUAAUAUGUAGUUGCUGCUUUAACAGCCUCCACUCUUCUGGGAAGGCUUUCCACUAGAUGUUGGAAUAUUGCUGCAUUCCAAUUCAUCCCAAAGGUGUUCGAUGGGGAUGACACUCAUGAUUAUUUUAUAUAUACUGCAUAUAUAUAGCAUAUAUACUGCAUAUAUAUAUAUAUACUGCAUAUAUAUAUAUAUAUAUAUAUAUAUAUAUAUAUAUAUAUAUACUGCAUGCAGUAUAUUCCGGCCUCUGACAUUGCUCAUUCUGAUAUUUCUUAAUUUCUAUAUUAUUUUUCGUGAUUAUGUGUGUAUUGGGUUUAAAAAAUGUAUUGAUGUGGGUAUUACUGCACUGUUAAAGCUAGAAACAUUUCGCUGUUCCUGCGAUAGCAUCUGUAAAUGUGUGUACAUGACCAAUAAACUUUGACUUGAUAUUUGUGUGCCUUUGACCUAAUCUGUCUAACAUGUAAUCAACUUGCAAUUUAUUGUCAAGGCAAACCCAAGGCUGAGUGUACCCUUAAUUUUUUAUUUAAUAGAAUAAUUGUAUUUUUUUUCCCCAAGGGGAACUUCAGUUGUGGCUAAUUAUAGUACAAAUUGUUUAUAUUAUCAUCAUCAUUAUUUUACAUUAAAUGACUGAUUCGUUUGUGAGCUGUCAAAUCAAAUGAGGCAUUUUUCUUGAGGAGAAUCUGUUUGAUGUUAAAGUUACAUUUUAAGGACUUAAUGCUAACAUGGCCUGUUUAAGUCAACUAGGAGGUUAUUAUUUGCUUCAUUCCAGUGACUGUUUGAUGCUGAAUAUCAGUGAAAGCAAGCCCCACGGAUUUUUACAAUGGCCUCAAUAGUGUUUAGUGUGAGACAUGAACAGCCUAAAUAAUCACAACAAUGAUUUAUUUGGGCCUUGUGCUGUGAACAGUCCUACAUGACAAAACACUGUGAUUCUGAGUGAGUGUUAGUGAUAGUCAAUAAUAUUAAUUAUUUAGCCCACCAUAAUAAAAACAUGGUUGAAAGGA